ACAUGUUCUGAACCAAAAACCAAGAUGAAAUUUGUAUUUGUACUUGCCAUUUUCAUUGUGUGUGCUGCAGCAGUGACAAUUCUUAAAGUUAAAAAUACACGUCAAUGCAAAUCUAAUGGUGGAGUAUGUAAACAAACUUGUGCUGUAGAUGAAGAAGACAUAGGUCAAUGUUGCCGCAAUAGUAAUAGAUGUUGCCAAACGUCUACAUGUAUUGACACGCUUCAGUAUGCCCAGUGUAAAGCUAAAAACGGAGAUAUUAAACCUGUGUGUGAUGCUAAUGAACAAGAUACAGGCAUAGGCCCUUUUUGCAAUACACACAGAUGUUGUGAGCCGCCUACAUGCAUUGCCAAAGUAGAUUGCAACUGUAAACAUUUCAAUGAUUGUCCUAUCGGUAAUACGGAGUAUGAGGACAUCACUGGAAAUUGUUCAGGAAGUGAUGAAUGUUGUAAGCCAUGUUGUCUUACAUGUGGUGGAAUAUUUAAGGGACCAGUUGGAAGUUUCACGUCACCGAACUAUCCUUCUAAGUAUUGUAUUGAUCAACAUUGUUAUUACAAUAUCACAGUUGCAGAAGGUUUAAAAGUUAUCCUGAAAUUCACUUACUUUCAUUUAGAGGCGGGAAUCAGCACUUCCGGUCUGCCUUAUGACUUUGUGCAGAUAUAUGAUGGUGAGGUUAAAGCCGAAGCAUUACUAGAUACUUUGUAUGGCGGUCCUACUGAAGGAAAAGAAUUUAAUUCCACUUCCAAUAAGAUGAUCAUUCACUUCGUAACUGAUGAUCGUGACCAUUUUCCUGGGUUCAGUGUCAGUUAUAAAACCUUACAAUGAUUCUCCUACACAAAAUGCACCAAGUGAAAAUAAUACCAGAAAGGAGUUAAAAGAAUACGUAGCCUGCAGCAUACUUCGUUAUUCAUUAUCAACAGUUGGAACUUUUUAGUUUUGGUUUUGAACAUCA